CACUAUUGUAAAUAGUACUUAUCAGUGUAGCCAGAACCAUGAAGUUACUUAUAAUCGCCCAGCUUAUCCACAAUGCUGUGGCAACCACUCAACCUGACGGACGUCUGUCCAACCCCGACGCCCAUAGCAGCGUGUUCUUACUUCGGCUACCUCUACUUGAACCUAUUAGUCAAACUCUAUGGAGACUCCAGAGAUAGAAAGAGAAGGCGCGAGGAGAGAGAGGGAAGGGAAUAUGACUUCAUUGUGGUCGGCGCGGGCACCGCUGGUUGCGUUGUUGCCAGUAGACUGACUGAGAUUGAAGACUGGAAGGUGCUCCUCCUUGAAGCUGGCCCGGAACAACCAGAUGUGACGCUGGUUCCGGGCUUGUCAACAGCCCUGAUCGGCUCUAAUAUCGACUGGAAGUAUUCCACGGAGCCCAAUGGACGAAGCUGCCUCGCUCGGCCAGGGCAGCGGUGCGACUGGCCAAGAGGCAAGACCAUGGGCGGAUCAAGCUCAAUAAACUCGAUGGCUUACAUCAGGGGGAACAGGCUGGACUAUGACGAGUGGGCUGCGCUGGGGAACGAGGGAUGGAGCUAUGAAGAUGUACUGCCGUAUUUCAAGAAGUCAGAAAACAAUUUCAACAUAGAAAGACUUAACAGGAAAUACCACGGCAUUCAUGGACCCCAAUCGGUGGCCAGAUUCCCGUUUAUUGAUGCUCCGUCUAUUAUGAUCACUGAAGCUUUCAAUGAGGGAGGUUUGCCUAUUCUAGAUUACAAUGGUAAAGAACAACAAGGGACUAUGCAGGCUCAGGCAGUAUCGGAAGACGGUGAAAGAGUAUCCACCAACAACGCCUUCAUCGCACCUAUUCGAGACAAACGCAAAAAUCUAGUCGUCAAAACUGACAGUGAAGUGGUGAAAAUUCUAUUUGAUGAACACAAAAGGGCUUAUGGCGUUAAAUACGUGAGACAUGGUAAGGAGCAUACGGCUACAGCAACAAAAGAAGUUAUAGUGAGUGGUGGAGCGAUCAAUUCUCCAAAAUUACUAUUGUUAUCCGGUAUUGGCCCGAGAAAACAACUGGAACAUUUCAAUAUUCCUGUUCUAGCCGAUUUACACGUAGGAGAAAAUCUUCACGACCACGUAACGUACAACGGAAUUGUCGUGGCUUUGCCCAAUAAGACCUCCACUGAAGUGAGUAACGCAGAAAUUGUGAGGCAUGUUAUUGAAUACAAAAAGAUGAAGAUCAAAGAAGGACCUCUAUCAGGGAACGGGCCGGUGAAUUCUGUGUCAUUUAUAAAAACAGAUCCUCACUUACCAGCGCCUGACGUACAAUACCAAUGCGACAACACCAAUUGGAUGGAAUACGUACGAGAACCGAUCGCUGUAGAGAAACUAGCCAUUUUCCCAACUUCCUUCUACAACGCUGUGAUACCUAGAACAAUGCUUUUAACUCCUAAAAGCAGAGGAAGACUAGUCCUUAAUCCUAAAGACCCCAACGGAAAACCUUUGAUGCAACCGAACUACUUCGGAGACGAAAGAGACUUGAUACCCAUUAUCAAAGGAACAAGAUUCCUUAUAAAUUUGGAAAAUACGUACGCUUUCAAGUCCAGAGGAGCACAGUUUGUGAAGAUACCUUUGGAAGGCUGUAAGCAUUUGAAAUGGGGAACUGAUGAGUACAUCAAAUGCUUGGCUAUGUCGUAUACGUCGACUCCUUUCCAUCCAGUGGGAACUUGCAAAAUGGGUCCGGAUUAUGAUAGCACGGCUGUGGUAGACCCUAGACUGAGGGUGUAUGGAGUAUCUGGACUUAGAGUUAUAGAUGCUUCGAUCAUGCCAGUGGUGCCCCGUGGCAAUACAAAUGCCCCUUCCAUCAUGGUUGGAGAGCGAGGCGUAGCACUGGUCAUAGAAGACUGGCUUCAUAACUACCACAAACAUUGA